AUGCCACAGCAGAUGUUGCUCCUGUCGGUGGUGUCCGUGUGGCUUUUGGUUGGGUGCUUCCUAGCCGAAGCUACUUACUACAGUCACCACUUGUACAACCGGCAUUUGUACAACUACCGCCACCGCAUGUACAACCCCCAUGCCAGCAUGGACAACCAGCUACCCCCUGAGGUUCCAACAGAGGUUGAGGUAGCAGCAGCAGAAGAAGCAGCACCACCACCACCACGCACUUUUUAUGGGAUCAUGUUUGAUGCAGGCAGCACUGGUACUCGCAUCCACAUCUACAAGUUCAUUCAGAAGGAUCCAGCUGGGCUCCCUGUACUUGACAACGAAAUGUAUAAUGCAGUCAAGCCUGGACUUUCAGCAUAUGGAGAUAAUCCUGAAGUGGGUGGGGACACCGUCAGACAGCUGCUAAAGGUGGCAAAAAAGACAAUUCCCAAGGAGGAGUGGUGGCAGACCCCUGUUUUACUGAAAGCCACUGCUGGUCUGCGCCUGAUGCCCAAAGAAAAAGCCCAAGGUCUUCUAGAACAGGUGAAAGAAGUAUUUGAUGAAUCUCCAUUUUAUGUGCCACAAAACAGUGUCACCAUCAUGAAUGGAGCAAACGAAGGAGUGCUGGCCUGGGUUACAGUCAAUUUCUUGACAGGCCAUUUGUAUGCAAACACUAGGAAAACUGUGGGUAUUUUGGAUUUGGGUGGAGGUUCAACCCAGAUCACAUUUCUUCCAAAUUCAAAGAGAACAGUGCAAAAUGCUCCUUCAGACUACAUUGCACAUGUGAACUUGUUCAACACCACUUACGAGGUUUACAGCCACAGUUACCUUGGAAAUGGAGUCAUGGAAGCCCGACUGGCAACUCUUGGUGCACGUGGCUCAGAAGAUACUGACUGGAAGGUUUUUACAAGUUCUUGUCUACCAAAGAAAUUCAGAGAUGAUUGGACUUUUGGUGGGAUCACUUACAAAGUCAGCGGAAUCCCAGAUGGUUAUGCAGGAUAUAAGCUGUGCUACAAUGAGGUGAUGCGGGUGAUGAAAGGAGUCAUCCACCAGCCUUAUGAGGUCAAAGGAAACAGUGUUUUCUACGCCUUCUCCUACUACUAUGACAGAGCUGUAGAGUCCGGCCUAAUCGAUGGCACCCGAGGCGGUGUUGUGGAGGUCAGAGAUUUUAAGAAGAAAGCCAAAGAAGUUUGCAACAAGAUGACCAAAUACCGUCCCAUUAAUCCUUUCUUGUGCAUGGACAUGACCUAUAUCACUGUCCUCCUGAAAGAGGGAUUCGGCUUCAAGGACAACACGGUUCUGCAGCUUGCUAAAAAAGUGAACAAUGCUGAAACUAGUUGGGCCUUGGGAGCAACUUUCGAUUAUUUCCACAACCUUAACAUUCACUAAACCCGCAGACUUCUGGGUGCCACUGGGUGAGGAAAU